AUGGACGAGAGUUCUUCACGGCGUAGUAGUACUCAAUCAACCGCAACAAAAACAUCAAGAGGAACUGACAUACAACACCAACAUCGUAUUACUAGAGCUACAGCUCGAAAUAAUCAAGAAGCUAAUCUGGUAGUUAACGAAAACAUACCACAACAAUUAAGGUAUUAUUUUCGAAGAAGAGAAAUAAAUAUGGAUAUUCAACCGGAACCGAUGGACAUUGAUGAGCCAGCUGUAUUGGAAAUUUCAGAUAAUACGGUUAGAGAUGACACAAAUAUGAUGAAUAUGGACCAUCCUGAUGCAGGGUUGAACUCUGAUGGUAACGACAUUGAAAGUGAAAUUAUUAAUCAUAAUGCUGAAAUAGAGCAUGAUACAGAUAGUGAUGAUGAGAGCAUUCAACAUCACGAUAUCAUUACGAACGAAGUACGAGAAGAAAUUGUAAAUCAAAGAAUUUCUCUUCCCGAUGAUGUAAGGGAUGCACUUUUAGCUAUUGCACGAACAAAAGCAAACAGUGAUCAGUUGGGUCGGCUUGCAAAUCACUUUUUAUCUGACAGUAAUCCACUUACAAAUUGGAACCUUACAUUACUUGUUCAUAAACUGGCAGAAAUAAUUAAAAAGGAGAGUGUUACUGGAGGAAUACCACCAGAAUUCAUGUUUUCAGGAGCGGGUGAUAUGGAUCCACUUGUUAUGCAGAGCUUAAUUGAUUCAGCUAUAUUUUCGAAUGAUCCAGCCGAUUCAAACGUAAUAACGAUGGCAAGCAGAUGUCUAAGCAAUUUAGUAACGAAAUUGGGAAGAAAUGCAGAACCUAUGAUUGGACCAGCUAUAAAUGAAAAAGUAGUACCUCUUUUAUGUGAUAUUUUAACAGAGGGACCUCAAACAAAUGACUCAGAACAUUUGAAAGCUAUUAUUAUAGCGUUAUAUCAAUUUUCAAAACCCUAUCGAAUUAAUUGUUCACGUUACAUAGUUAACCGACGUGUACUUCCUCAUAUAUUUGGGUCCAUUCUCCCAUUUUUUGCCGACGGAGAUCGUCUUCUUCCUUUAAAACUAUUAGCUAAUUGUUGUCAAAAUGCACCACGAGAUUGUUACAAAAUAUUGAUGGACGAAAUUAUUAAUGGAGAUGACUUUAAAUGUUUAUUUGCCGAUUAUGAACCACCAUAUGUUGUUCGUCGGUGCUCUUUGGUUAUUUCGUACAUGACAUCACUUUAUCCGGAUGAUUUGAAUUCAUUUAGAAUAUUUAGCAAUGAUAAUGUAAUAAGACUUAUGGUUGAAAAUGUCAAUGUUUUUAGUGAUGAAAACUCUAAUAAACCUGACGAUGAUUUAAACGAAGAUGAAUGCAAAUUACAUAUCUGGAAAAUGUUUACUACUUUAACCACAAAGUCACCAGUCAACCUUGCAAGGAUUUUUCAGCAUGGUAUUGUGAGAGCUCUAUAUGAAACCUUAACUCAUACACCUGCACCAUUCUUUGAUCAUCGAGACACAACUAAAAUGAUGGUGGAAAAAGUUCAAAAAAAUCAGAGAAAUGCGAAAUCAAGGUUAGAAUCGUAUAAUCUUUGCAAAUGUAUCUUCAAUUUUAUAUUGAGGCUGUUUCCAUCACUUCCACGAACUGGGAUUGAAAAAGUUGAUAUUGAUGAUAUGAGUGUCGACCAUGAAGACAGUCCUCCCGCUUUUAUGUCUGAAGAACAAACGAAAGCUUUCGCGUGUCUUAUAUUACCAGCGUUGAUUCAAGCCUAUUAUUCAACUAAUAUAUCUACAGAGGCUAAAACUUGGGAAAUAAGAGCGAUGAUUAUUGAUUGUGUCGUGGUUUUUAUUCAUUAUCUUGACAACGAAUUGAUUCAUGACAUUUUGGAGCAAGCAGAAAUUCAAGAUUUUUUGGAGACAGUUUUCAAAGCUACAUAUUAUGUCUCCAAUGUUAACGAUAGUCAUGUAAAGCACGUAUUUAAGCAAGGAAUGGAAAUUGUAGCACAAUGUCUUGAUAGUUGGGGCGAAACCUUUGAAAAAAAAUUUGC